AUGGCGGCGACACCACCAUGGCAGCCACAGGAGCAAGGGUUCAAGGAGAUCUGCACGCUAUUGGAGCAACAAAUUUCGCAUUCUUCUUCCGUUGAUAAGUCUCAGAUUUGGAACCAAAUUCAACAAUACUCUAAUCUCCCAGACUUCAACAAUUACCUUGCGUUCAUCUUUUCACGUGCUCAGGGAAUAUCUGUGGAGGUUCGGCAGGCUGCAGGAUUAUAUCUGAAGAAUAACCUGAGAAGUGUAUAUAAAUUAAUGCAGCCUGAACACCAGCACUACGUGAAAUCAGAGUUGCUCCCUUGUCUUGGUGCAGCAGAUAAACACAUAAGAUCUACGACAGGAACUAUUGUCAGCGUUGUUGUUCAAACUGGAGGAGUUUCACAGUGGCCCGAAUUAUUGCAAGCCCUUGUAAAUUGCUUGGACAGCAAUGAUCUAAAUCACAUGGAAGGUGCAAUGGAUGCAUUAUCCAAGAUUUGUGAAGAUGUUCCCCAAAUUCUUGACGCUGAUGUACCAGGGUUAGCAGAGCGUCCCAUCAAUAUAUUUCUUCCUAGAUUGUUUCGGUUUUUCCAAUCACCUCAUGCUUCAUUAAGAAAGCUAUCGCUGGGUUCUGUCAAUCAAUACAUUAUGUUGAUGCCUUCUGCCUUAUGUGUAUCCAUGGAUCAAUAUCUUCAAGGUCUGUUUAUUCUUGCAAAUGAUCCUACAGCAGAAGUGCGGAAGUUGGUAUGUGCAGCAUUUGUUCAGCUGAUUGAAGUCCAUCCAUCUGUCUUGGAGCCACAUCUAAGGAAUGUGAUCGAAUAUAUGUUACAAGUCAACAAGGACACAGAUGAAGAAGUGGCCCUUGAAUCCUGUGAAUUUUGGUCUGCAUAUUGUGAUGCUCAAAUGCCACCAGAAAACUUGAGAGAAUUCUUGCCUCGGCUUAUUCCAAUAUUAUUGUCAAACAUGGCUUAUGCAGAUGAUGAUGAGUCACUUAUUGAAGCUGAGGAAGAGGGUUCACAACCGGAUCGAGAUCAGGAUCUUAAACCUCGAUUUCAUGUAUCCAGAUUUCAUGGAUCAGACGAUGUAGACGAUGAUGAUGAUGACGAUGUUGUCAACACAUGGAAUUUACGUAAAUGUAGUGCAGCUGCUCUAGAUAUUCUCUCGAACGUGUUUGGAGAUGAGAUCCUUCCUACUCUGAUGCCUAUUGUUGAGGCCAAGUUGUCAACCGUUGGAGAUGAUGGUUGGAAAGAAAGGGAAGCUGCCGUCUUGGCACUUGGUGCCAUAGGCGAGGGGUGCAUAAAUGGUCUUUAUCCUCAUCUGUCAGAGAUUGUGGCAUUUCUUAUCCCUCUUCUUGAUGAUAAGUUUCCUCUUAUACGGAGUAUUUCAUGCUGGACAGUAUCUCGGUUUAGCAAAUUUAUUAUUCAGGGUAUCGGGCAUCCCAAGGGUUAUGAACAAUUUGAUAACGUUCUUAUGGGUCUUCUCCGAAGAAUUUUGGAUGAUAAUAAGCGUGUACAGGAGGCUGCUUGUUCAGCCUUUGCAACAUUGGAAGAGGAGGCUGCGGAAGAGCUGGUACCGCGCUUGGAAAUCAUAUUAAAGCACCUAAUGGUUGCAUUUGGGAAGUAUCAGAGGCGAAACCUCAGAAUUGUAUAUGAUGCUGUUGGAACUCUAGCUGAAGCUGUGGGGGGAGAGCUGAAUCAGCCUGUUUAUCUUGACAUUCUCAUGCCACCAUUAAUUGAAAAGUGGCAGCAACUUUCAAAUUCAGACAAAGAUCUCUUCCCACUCCUAGAAUGCUUCACAUCUAUAGCACAUGCACUAGGGACUGGAUUCACUCAAUUUGCUGAACCUGUAUUUGCGAGGUGCAUAAAUAUAAUUCAGACCCAACAAUUGGCCAAGGCCAAUCCUGCUGCUGCUGGGGCUCAGUAUGACAAGGAAUUCAUUGUGUGCUCUCUUGAUCUGCUUUCUGGACUAGCAGAGGGUCUUGGCAGUGGAGUAGAGAGUUUGGUUUCACAAUGUUCUCUGAGGGACCUACUUUUGCAUUGUUGUACGGAUGAUGCUCCCGAUGUUCGACAAAGUGCCUUUGCCUUACUUGGAGACCUUGCUCGAGUGUGCGUGAUUCAUUUGCACCCUCGUUUGUCUGAGAUUCUUGAAGUUGCUGUCAAACAACUGGAAAUUUCAAAGGUACAAGCGGCUCUUUCAGUGGCAAAUAAUGCAUGUUGGGCAAUUGGAGAAUUAGCAGUUAAGGUCCGACAAGAAAUUUCUCCGUUCGUUUUAAGUGUAAUUUCAUGCCUGGUACCAAUUCUUCAGCAUGCAGAGGGACUCAACAAGUCACUUAUAGAAAACAGUGCAAUCACACUGGGGAGACUUGCAUGGGUCUGUCCAGACCUUGUAUCACCACAUAUGGAGCAUUUCAUGCAACCUUGGUGCAAUGCUCUUUCAAAGAUACGAGAUGAUGUUGAGAAAGAGGACGCUUUUAGAGGUCUAUGUGCUAUGGUCAAAGUCAAUCCUUCUGGAGCUCUCAGUUCUCUUGUUUACAUGUGUAAAGCCAUUGCAAGUUGGCAUGAAAUAAGGAGUGAAGAUUUACACAAUGAAGUCUGCCAGGUCUUGCAUGGGUACAAACAGAUGCUGCGCAAUGGAGCAUGGGACCAGUGUAUGUCUGCUUUGGAGCCGCCGAUAAAAGAAAAGCUUUCAAAGUAUCAAGUAUAA